AGUGAGCAGAAUUCCAAAGCUCUUAUGGGUAAAUGUAACUUUAAGAUUCCUGGAAAAAUAAGCGCAAGCCUGGCUGGAGCUGGACCACCUAUUUAAACGCAGCAUCACAACAGCUCUGAGCUCAGAACCAGACAGUUCUCUGACUGAGACGCAUCACCUGUACUGUGAUAUAUUAAACAUAGCUGAAAGGAUUACAUCGCUUACAAUGGUAAGUACAUGGAAAGCAGCUCUUAUGAUGUCCUAAUCCAUUUUGCCUCUUAUUUGCUGGACAUUUAGAACAUUUAAGGUCGAUAGAACAUUAAUUUCACUAAAACUCUGCUUCAUUUUUACAGGACUUUCACAAGAUGCACAGACCAAUGUUCUCCUUUAUCCUCCUAUUUUUAAUGUUACCUCAGUGGACCCCAGUAACAGGCUGGUCCUACCAUCACUCAGACAAUGUCAUGAACUGGAAUGCUGCUCGUCAGUGGUGUAGGGAGCGCUUCACGGACAUGGUGGCCAUCCAGAACCACGGUGAAAUCAAUUAUCUCAACAGCAUCCUUCCCCGAGUGAGAGGAUACUACUGGAUAGGCAUUCGCAAGAUCAACAACAGCUGGACCUGGGUGGGCACUAACAAAAAGCUGACAAAGGAGGCUGAGAACUGGGCAAAAGGGGAGCCCAAUAACGGACGGAACAACGAGGACUGUGUGGAGAUCUACAUUAAGAGGGGAAAGGACGAGGGCAAAUGGAACGAUGAGUCCUGCAAAAAGAAAAAGACUGCACUUUGCUACACCGCAUCCUGCAAGAAAGACUCCUGCAGCUACCACGGAGAAUGUGUGGAGACCAUCAACAACCACACGUGUGAAUGCUUUGAGGGCUUCUAUGGAAAAGAGUGCGAGCACGUUGUGAAAUGCCAAGCGGAGGAAAUAUCUGCUCCCGAACACGGCAGUGUCCACUGCGUCCACCCUAAUGGCGAUUUCUCGUAUGAGUCUCAGUGCGAGUACUCCUGCAAUGAGGGCUACCAGGCCGUUGCCUCACAAACAACACGGUGCAAAGCCUCAGCAGCUUGGUCAACCAAACCACCAACCUGUGAACUUGUCCAGUGCUCGGAUCUGACUGAGCCUCUUCACAGCUCCAUGCAGUGUGAUCAUCCGUUGGGAAGCUUCAGCUAUCAGUCCUCCUGUGAGUUUAUUUGUGAGGAAGGAUACACACUAACAGGCUCAAGCUCCAGCAAGCUGAUGUGUGAAGCCAGUGGACACUGGAAUGAUUCUCAGCCCAUCUGUGAAGCUGUUCAAUGCCCAACUCUUGAGGACCCUGCGAACGGCAGGAUCAACUGCAAUGGUGAUAGUUACGGCAGCAGCUGCAUCUUCAGCUGUAAUAAAGGGUUCCACCUUCAGGGGGCGCCAGAAAUUACCUGCACAGAAUCUGCAGAGUGGAGCCAGAACAGGCCUCACUGCGAAGUUGUCCAGUGCUCUGAUCUGACUGAGCCUCUUCACAGCUCCAUGCAGUGUGAUCAUCCACUGGGACAUUUUGGUUACCAGUCCUCCUGUGAGUUUACCUGUGAGGAAGGAUACACACUAACAGGCUCAAGCUUCAGCAAGCUGAUGUGUGAAGCCAGUGGACAUUGGAAUGAUUCUCAGCCCAUCUGUGAAGCUGUUCAAUGCCCAACUCUUGAAGACCCUGCGAACGGCAGAAUCAUCUGCAGUGGUGAAAGUUAUGGCAGCAGCUGCAGCUUCAGCUGUAAUGAUGGGUUUCACCUUCAGGGGGCGCCAGAUAUUACCUGCACCAAGUCUGCACAGUGGAGCAAAGAGAUACCUUACUGUGAAGUUGUCCAGUGCUCUGAUCUGACUGAGCCUCUUCACAGCUCCAUGCAGUGUGAUCAUCCGUUGGGAAGCUUCAGCUAUCAGUCCUCCUGUGAGUUUACCUGUGAGGAAGGAUACACACUAACAGGCUCAAGCUUCAGCAAGCUGAUGUGUGAAGCCAGUGGACACUGGAAUGAUUCUCACCCCAUCUGUGAAGCUGUUCAAUGCCCAACUCUUGAAGACCCUGCGAACGGCAGAAUCAUCUGCAGUGGUGAAAGUUAUGGCAGCAGCUGCAGCUUCAGCUGUAAUGAUGGGUUUCACCUUCAGGGGGCGCCAGAAAUGACCUGCACCAAGUCUGCACAGUGGAGCCAGGAGGUACCUCACUGUGAAGUUGUCCAGUGCUCUGAUCUGACUGAGCCUCUUCACAGCUCCAUGCAGUGUGAUCAUCCGUUGGGAAGCUUCAGCUAUCAGUCCUCCUGUGAGUUUACCUGUGAGGAAGGAUACACACUAACACCCUCAAGCUCCAGCAAGCUGAUGUGUGAAGCCAGUGGACACUGGAAUGAUUCUCAGCCCAUCUGUGAAGCUGUUCGAUGCCCAACUCUUGAGGACCCUGCAAACGGCAAUAUAAUCUGCAGUGGUGAUAGUUAUCUCAGCAGCUGCAGCUUCAGCUGUAAUGAUGGGUUCCAACUUCAGGGGGCGCCAGAAAUUACCUGCAUGAAGUCUGCACAGUGGAGCCAAGAGGCACCUCACUGCAAAGUUGUCCAGUGCUCUGAUCUGACUGAGCCUCUUCACAGCUCCAUGCAGUGUGAUGAUCCAAUAGGACGUUUCGGCCAUCAGUCCUCCUGUGAGUUUACCUGUGAGGAAGGAUACACACUAACGGGCUCAACCUUUAGUCGGCUGAUGUGUGAAGCCAGUGGACACUGGAAUGAUUCUCAACCCACCUGUGAAGCUGUUCAAUGUACAACUCUUGAGGACCCUGCGAAUGGCAGGAUCAACUGCAGUGGUGAUAGUUACGGCAGCAGCUGCAGCUUCAGCUGUAAUGAUGGGUUUCACCUUCAGGGGGCGCCAGAAAUGACCUGCACCAAGUCUGCACAGUGGAGCGAGGAGAUACCUCACUGUGAAGUUGUCCAGUGCUCUGAUCUGACUGAGCCUCUUCACAGCUCCAUGCAGUGUGAUCAUCCGUUGGGAAGCUUCAGCUAUCAGUCCUCCUGUGAGUUUACCUGUGAGGAAGGAUACACACUAACAGGCUCAAGCUCCAGCAAGCUGAUGUGUGAAGCCAGUGGACACUGGAAUGAUUCUCAGCCCACCUGUGAAGUUGUCCAGUGCUCUGAUCUGACUGAGCCUCCUCACGGCACCAUGCAGUGUGAUCAUCCACUUGGAAGCUUCGGCUAUCAGUCCUCCUGUGAGUUUACCUGUGAGGAAGGAUACACACUAACAGGCUCAAGCUCCAGCAAGCUGAUAUGUGAAGCCAGUGGACACUGGAAUGAUUCUCAGCCCAUCUGUGAAGCUGUUCGAUGUCCAACUCUUGAGCACCCUGCGAACGGCAAUAUAAUCUGCAGUGGUGAUAGUUAUGGCAGCAGCUGCAGCUUCAGCUGUAAUGAUGGGUUUCACCUUCAGGGGGCGCCAGAAAUGACCUGCACCAAGUCUGCACAGUGGAGCCAGGAGGUACCUCACUGCAAAGUUGUCCAGUGCUCUGAUCUGACUGAGCCUCUUCACAGCUCCAUGCAGUGUGAUCAUCCAUUAGGCAGCUUUGGCUAUCAGUCCUCCUGUGAGUUUACCUGUGAGGAAGGAUACACAUUAACACCCUCAAGCUCCAGCAAGCUGAUGUGUGAAGCCAGUGGACACUGGAAUGAUUCUCAGCCCACCUGUGAAGCUGUUCAAUGCCAAACUCUUGAAGACCCUGCGAAUGGCAAAAUCAUCUGCAGUGGUGAUAGUUAUGGCAGCAGCUGCAACUUCAGCUGUUACGAUGGGUUCUACCUUCAGGGGGCACCAGAAAUGACCUGCACCAAGUCUGCACAGUGGAGCGAGGAGAUACCUCACUGCAAAGUUGUCCAGUGCUCUGAUCUGACUGAGCCUCGUCACAGCUCCAUGCAGUGUGAUCAUCCACUAGGCAGCUUUGGCUAUCAGUCCUCCUGUGAGUUUACCUGUGAGGAAGGAUACACACUAACAGGCUCAAGCUCCAGCAAGCUGGUGUGUGAAGCCAGUGGACACUGGAAUGAUUCUCAGCCCACCUGUGAAGCUGUUCAAUGUCCAACUCUUGGGCACCCUGCGAAUGGCAGGAUCAACUGCAGUGGUGAUCGUUACGGCAGCAGCUGCAUCUUCAGCUGUAAUGAUGGGUUUCACCUUCAGGGGGCGCCAGAAAUUAACUGCACCAAGUCUGCACAGUGGAGCGAGGAGAUACCUUACUGUGAAGUUGUCCAGUGCUCUGAUCUGACUGAGCCUCUUCACAGCUCCAUGCAGUGUGAUCAUCCACUGGGACAUUUUGGUUAUCAGUCCUCCUGUGAGUUUACCUGUGAGGAAGGAUACACACUAACAGGCUCAAGCUCCAGCAAGCUGGUGUGUGAAGCCAGUGGACACUGGAAUGAUUCUCAGCCCACCUGUGAAGCUGUUCAGUGCCCAGUUCUCGAGGACCCUGCGAAUGGCAGAAUGAUCUGCAGUGGUGAAAGUUUUGGCAGCAGCUGCAGCUUCAGCUGUAGUAAUGGGUUUCACCUUCAGGGGGCGCCAGAAAUUACCUGCACUGUGUCUGCACAGUGGAGCCAGGAGGUACCUUACUGUGAAGCUAUCAGAUGCAAGCUGCCAGAUGUGCAGGCUCCCCUAACAUUUGGAUGCAGCGGAAGCUCAGACGACCUCACAGUCACCUCAACCUGCUACUUCAGCUGUGAGGCAGGCUUUGAGCUCCAGGGGGCAGCGAGUACUGAGUGCACAGUGACAGGAGAAUGGAGCACAGCCACACCAAGCUGCACAGCAGUGACAUGUCCGUACCUCCAGAAGCCGGACAAUGGCCUCAUGACCUGUUCCUCUGAGGAGGCCAUCAUCGGCACUUCCUGUUCUUUCACCUGUUUGAAUGGCUACAGUCUGCUCGGCGAUGAGGUGGUGACGUGCAACCUCACCGGCAGCUGGUCUGGAGCGGCAGCUGAGUGCCAAGCUCCUCCUGAGCCCCUGUUGAGUCCACCCUUGGUGACCGGCCUGACACCAGGAGUAGCAGGAGGCGUUAGUGUGUCCAGCCUCGCUCUGGCUCUCUGGAUAAUGAAGAAACUCAGGCAGAAAGCUGAAAAGUUUGACCUAAGUAAGUCGGACAUCGACAUGCCUCCCCAAGUAUACAAGAGCAUUGACAGACUAAUAUAGAGAAACACGACUACAUACUGGAUCUAA